AUGGAUUCGAAGGACGGAUCUUCUCGCUUUCAUUUCCACUCGAUCGACUUCGACAAUCCUUGUCCUCGACAACCAAAUGGUACAGAUAGUUCGACUCUUUCUCCUCAGCUUGGCAGCUGUAGGCACUCAGGCAUAUCAUAAACGAUCUCAUGGCCAUGCUCCAUCACCGGCAGCAUCCCAAGAUCUCAAACUAGCCACUCGAGAUGGAAUCGUCAAACGUGGCGAAGCUCUCAAACGCGGAGAUAUUCGACCUCGAGGUACGACCGCAAGCUACCCAGACUGUUCAGGAUUCCACUCGACACUCACAACCAACGAUCAUGCCGUAUACUAUAACACGCCUCUGACGGUUGGGUACGCUCAUUCGCGACACGAGUCGUGCUUCAAGGAUUGUCUCGCUGCUUGCUGUUCCCUAUCGACUUGUACCGCUGCUUCCUUUGACCCUACUGAGAGCCAUGGUCACAAGAAUUGUUUCUUGUACGACGAUAAGGACGCCAGUGUGUUCAAUUAUGGCACCGAUUCCCACUAUACGCUGGCAAUCAAUAGGAGAACGUGUGCUCACAACGCUGCCAACGGUAAGCAGGCCGGACCUUCAGAAUCUGCCGAGUGUGGCUAAUCGUUUGAACGCAGCUGGAGACUCGAGACAAUGCUGCAAUGCGCCCUUCAGACCUCCCUUGUUGCGUGGUAAUCACUGAUUAUAGAUGGCUGGGCGAAGGAGAUAGAUGAACGAUGAUCAUGAUCCGUAAUGAAACCAGGACAUUCCCCUUUAUGGUCGUCAUAUCAUAUUUUA